GUUGCCGAAAUAAGAUUAAAUUUAUAUAUUUUCAGAUAAAAUGUCUGAGGAGGUGGAGAACUGUAAAUCCUGUUUUGAGGGGUUCAAUAAUAAAGAACGUAUACCUAAGAUCUUAGCGUGCUACCAUACCUAUUGUGCCCAAUGCCUGGGUCAGUUUAUGCUAAAUAAUGGUAUUGUCACUUGUUUAAGCUGUGGGAAGGAAACUCAAGCUAAAAGUGUGAAUGCAAUCCCUGACAACCCAUACUAUCGUGUCAGCAAUGGUGGCAGAAACAGAGCAACUUCUGGUACUGGAGAGGAGGUGUAUUACAGUGACAGUGAUGAGGAAGAUAAUGAUUCUCUUUCACAAUCUGCACCUGAUCCUGAGAAUGGAGUCAAUAAUGAUCACGUAGAGGGUGUUAAGACAAUGGUUGUGAAUACACAGAAAGCCAACGUAUCCAAAAUUCGCCAGCUUGUAGACCGUAACCUAAGUAAAAUCAAGAGCUCUCUUGACCUCCGCGCUAAACGAGAGAAAACAGUUGGUGAAUCGAUUAAAGCUUUGGAUGAUUUCAAGACAAGACUUCAAGAGGAGCAAAAGGCUCUUGUAAUAGAAAGCAAGCAGCUAAACAGUUUUCAGGAGAAACUGAAUAAUAUCGUUAACCAACUAAAUACAAUAAAUCUAAUGGACUACACUGCACUAAAGAAGAUGAAUGAAGAUUGUUUAUUUAUCAGCACUAAACUUAAUCAGGAGAUUGAAAAGGUUGAAAACCAGGAGUUAGAGACUGGUGUAAGAAACAGCACAGUUAAAAUCAAUUUUGAGAGAACUGAUAAUCUUCUUAACAAUCUUAAGGCUGAGAAUGAUACGAUAUAUAUGAAGUUAGGCAGCAGUCUAGAGGUUGACCCCAGCUUGGUAUACUUGACGACUUAUAUGCUUGGAAAGAUAUUUACUGAUAAAAUAGCUUCUCACAACGCCUGCUAUAAAGAGCUCGUCAAGAACUCCUAUAUUGAGGACGGAAUAAUUGGACCGCAACCGUUAGAUGAUCCCAGCGAGUAUAUUGAUUAUAUUAAAUCAUUUCAAGGAUUAACUCUAGGAACAGAUACGAGUAGGUCUAGUUCUCCACCAGACAAGGAAGAGAAGGAAUGGAAGGUUGUUGGUAAGGAUAAAGAGAAAGAGAAAACAAUGAAGCGAACACCAAUUUCAUUUUCUGACAUGGCAAAGAAGCCUGGCAACCCACAACCUAUUGUUAAAAGGAUUCCCUUUCCCGAGAAGACUAUUGCUCAAACUAAUCGACCACAUUGCUAUUUUAAGAUUCAAGUUGAUAAUGAGACACCGUUCCGGGUCGUCUUCGAGAUGCGCCCAGAUAUGGCGCCAAAGAUGGUGGAUAACUUUAUCCGUCUUUGCAAAGGUUUGCCGGACGGUAGAGGAUAUAAGGGAAGUAAAAUAUUCCGUGCUAAAGCUAACGACCAUAUCCUUGGUGGAGAUUUCGAGAAUGAUGAUGGAACAGGAGGACAUUCUGCUUAUGAAGAUAAAUAUUUCAUGGCUGAACAAUGUCCGCUUAAGGAUCACAAGGGCGCUAUAAGAAUGAAGGGAUUGGAGAGAACUGUGGAUGGUCGGUGCAGGAUUGGUUCCCAGUUUAUGAUCUGGGUCGGAGAUUUGGAAUAUAAGGAGUACAGGUUUACCCUGGUUUUUGGUAAAGUUGUGGAGGGAUUUGAUCAACUUCAAGAAGUUUCUAGAAUUAAGGCUGUCCAGAAGUCUCCUACAUCAUGGGUUCUUAGACAAACAGUUAAUAUUAUUGAAAGUGGAGUCCUCUAAAUCUGGGAGAUUUUCAGGUUUAGAAAUCCUCUAAACCUGGAACCCAUAAAUCCUCUAAAAUCAGUUGUCUGAACCAGCUGAUCCUUGAAUGUUCUAGAAGAGAGGAAAGAGAGAGGCCUUGUCUAAUGUAAUAUUUUUAAUAUCAUUAGCCGCUGAUUUCAAGAGUUAUUUUUAUGUCUAUUUUCAUAUUAAGGCAUGGUUUGUUUUUAGCAAUUAAAUAUAUGCAAUUGUAGAUUGAUAUUUAGGACGGAAAAAUGUUUAACAUUUUGCAUAAUAUGUAAAAAUGCAUAAUUUAAUAAAUCAUUCCCUAAAAUCCUCCGUAAUGAUAAUAAAUGAUAAAGCCGUUUAAAAAAUGAUUAUAUUUUAUUUUUAUUUCUACAAUUAUUUUUGAAUGAACAAACC